AUGGCUAAAAGGAAAAAUAAACCUUUAAUUGAUUCUGAUUCCAGCAGCGAAUGUUCUGAUUUAGACUCUCAAUUUCUCAACUUAGCCAAAAAGAAGAAAAAACCCGGUGAAUCUCCACCCCAAGCCAAAUCCAAAGGUAAAUCUUCAGACAGCGAGUCAGAUUGGGAUGAAGAUGAAAAGAAGGAAGAUAAAUCCUCGUCAUCAUCGGAUUCAGAUUCAAACAGUGAUGCUGAAAGUGAUACAUCACAAAAUAAAAAUCCACCAAAACCAACUCGGAAGAGUUCUUCAGAAGAAGAUAGGAAAAAAGUUGAGAAAGUCGAGGACAGGAAAAAGGCAGACAAGCCUGAGGAGAAAAAAAAAGUUGAGAAAGAUAUGAGAAUGAGUGUUGACAGUUCUGGAUCGGGAAAGAAAAAGGAGGUUUACAGUGAACCUGAAGAAGGUGAAGUAUCUUCACAUUCAUCAGACAAUGAUUCCGUUGAUUCUGAAGAAGAGUUUGAUGAUGGAUAUGAUGAGAACCUUAUGGGUGAUGAAGAGGACAGAGCUCGUUUAGCCGCUAUGUCGGAAAAGGAAAGGGAACAAGAAAUUUUCAAGCGUAUUGAACAACGCAAGCUGCGAUUGGCUCGUCGAUCAGCGGCCGAGCGUGGUGCUUCUCCAGGUGAGCUGGCGAGGCGAAGGGACAGGCGCAAGCAACGUCGCGCGCUACGAGCUCAAAGGGCUAAACUACAAGCACAGAAGGAGGCCGAAGCCAGGGAACGAGAGAAGGCCAACAAUGAAAAACAUAAAUCCGAUGUAGAAGAACCAAAGGAGGAAGAGAAAAUAAAAGAAAAACCACCUCCCAGUCCUGGAGAAAUACCCGAUGAUAUUAAGGAUGGUGAUCGCAUGAUGGAAAGAUCUGGUUCACCACUUUUUGGUGCUAAGAGUGAAAGGAAACGCAACGUUGACGACAAACGUGUCAACGCGAUGGCUGCGCUCAGGGCCCAACGAGACGCCAGAGCUAAACUCACCGAGCACAAGCAGAGGAAGCGAAUGGAAGAGGAGAAGAAGGAUAAAGAAGAGGAAGACGAAGCUGAUGCGGAAAUAAUAGGCGGUACCAGCAAGCAGAGUGUCAAGUUAAAGGCAUCCGAUAUUUACUCUGACGACUCGGGCAGCGAUUCAGAUGAUAAUAAGUCUCAAGGUCGUCGUAGUUCAAGCAGCUCUUCUUCAUCAUCUGGUGAGGAGCCUGCACCUCGCGAAAGAGAACAAGAGGAAGUCAAAUUUGCUGAUACGAAGGAACAGAUAAACAAACUCAGGCUGAGCAGGUUCAAAUUAGAAAGACUAGUUCACCUCCCUUUCUUUGCUCGCGUCGUCACGGGAUGUUUUGUUAGGAUCGGAAUCGGGAAUAAUAACGGAAAUCCAGUGUAUAGAGUUGCAGAAAUAAUAGAUGUUUACGAAACGGCGAAAGUGUACAAUUUAGGUAAUACUAGGACAAAUAAAGGACUGAAACUCAGACACGGGACUCAGGAUAGAGUUUUUAGAUUAGAAUUUGUUAGUAAUCAAGAAUUCACAGAAUCAGAAUUUCAGAAGUGGUUCAAAGCUAUCAAAGACGCCAAUAAAAAACCUCCCACCAUGGAAUUUGUUCGGUCUAAAAUCAGCGAAGUUAAAGACGCAUUAAUGUACGAAUUUAAGGAAGAAGAUAUAGAAAAAAUUGUAGCGGAAAAGGAAAGAUUCAGAUCACACCCCACUAACUACGCCAUGAAGAAGACGCAACUCAUGAAAGAAAGAGAUGUUGCACAAUUGAGGGGUGAUGAAGAAUUAGUUAUGGAUUUAAAUUCUAAAAUACAAGAAUUAGAAGACAGAGCUAACCAAUUGGACAAAACCAGGACGUCAUCUAUACAGAGUAUAUCGUACAUAAACAAUAGGAAUAGGAAACUUAAUGUAGAGACGGCAGAGAAGGCUAUCAUGGAAGAGUUGAAAGCAAACAAAGGAAAGAAGGUAGACGAUCCCUUCACACGGCGACACACGAAGCCGGUGAUGAACUUCAAAUCACACCAAGGUGGUAGAAGUCAGGACCCAGAAAAACUUCAAGAAGAAGAAGUUGAAGCGCAGAAACAAAGAGACGAAGAGCAGAAGGCGAUCAGAGAACGACAAGAGAAGGAGAGGUUGAUGCAACAGCAUCAGACCGAAGUGGACGUGUCGAAAGCGCGCGAUAAAAGUGCAACAGACAGCAACAGCCUCUACUCUUUGCACGACUUUGAUAUCAAUAUCGAUAUCGACCUGCCCAUACCCAAAACAGUUACAAGUCAACCGAAACAAAUAACAACAAAAGUGAAAGAAACGGGCCCCAAGCGUUCCCUCAAUCUCGAAGAAUAUAAGAAACGACACGGUCUGAUUUAA